GUGGCUCAGAUACAGCAGCGUGAAAGAACAUUUGAUCAGACUGUUUUAGCCGCCAGGGUAGUAGAGCAUGCUCCAACUGAACAGCAAAAUAGUAGUAAUGCCGCGAAAGAUUUCACAGAGAAGGCAGAAGAUGAUUAA